CAGUUUGCAGGGAGAUUUGUGCAUGGACUGAGCGUGAUCGCUUGCAAUGGAACUGUGCAAUACACGCGUGAAACGACUGUCUAAAUUACUCAAUUUAAGUAUUUUCGAGCAACGCGAUGAGCUUGAAGAGAAAUUGGAAAAUGGUUUCAACAUGGUUCAGAAUCGAACGAACGGUCUUUCGGAAAAGGAAUCAUACGAUGUUCUGUUACAGAUGGCUGGAGAAACAAAGGUAUUUGAGAGUAUCACAGGAGGUCUUUUAUAUGGAUUGCUAACAGAACCACAAAAUGCUCAAAAGUAUUUUUCUAUUAUGUCUCUAUUAGCGCGUGAUGGUUGGUUCUGCGCUUUGUGCAAUGUUAAUAUGAUAUUAUUUGAACUUUACCCGCGAAUGCGACCAGAAGUGCGCGAGCAGAUUGUAUACUUUUUCCGUGAAGCAAUCAAAUCAAAUGUGCCGAAAAUUGACAAUGUUCUGAUCAAUUACCUUCGUAAUGCUAAUGAAGGAAGUGAUUUGAAGGAAACCUGCGCCCUUUUAAGUGCUGUUGCUGGGAUGCUAAAUGACCACCAUGCUUGGUUGAGCGAAUUGAAACCGAAAGCUUCCCUUAUUCCAGUUACUCUGCUCACUUUUACGAGAUUCAUUUGUGACCUUAGCUCUUUCAACGCAUUUGAAUCCUUGCGCACCCAGAUGGUUAAUGUUUGUCACUGGUUGCUUACAGAACGAUUUGUAGACUGUGCGCAGUUAGGACGAGAUCUGAUCUUGGCAUUAAUGAGAGUUUCUAAAAUACCGCAAUUUACUAUUAUAUGGCGACAACUUCUCUAUAACCCAAACAAACUAGGACUUAAUAUUAGUGUUGAAGAAUUAAUGAGCCGCAUGUGUCCACAUACUUUUCCUCUCUACCGGAUAUCUGUAGCUAUGCAACGAAAACUUGAAUUCAUAUUUGCCAAAGUAAAACCUGGAACUCAUGAACGACACUUGGAUUGGUUCAAAAAACAGUACUUAUCAAAUCCGGAGGCUGGUAGUCUUCGUUCUGAAUUGGUUCGUUGUGCCAUAUUUCUUUCAUGCGGUGAAACGCCUCAAGUUGGCCAGGAGAUGAAGGCAGUUUUCAUUGCCUCAAUGUUUCCGCAAACAAGCAGUAUAAUGGAACAGCAGUGGUGCAAGCUGCAUCUUUUAUGGGACUGGUUUUGUUAUGAUCCUGCUACUGGAGGGCAUAUUCUCAUUGAACCUGCUUUCCAUGUCCUACGACAUCUUUUACAUGUUCAACCGUUACUUGCGAAUUCGCUUGUUGACUUUAUGAUAAGAAUGAGUUAUGAACUUCACCCACAACUGCAGCAACGAAUAACAACCUCAGUUACAAAUUCGUUCAAAUUUUUGAUUGAUCAUAAUAUUUUAGGAUCUCCUUCCGUGAUAUUCGAUAAUCCAGUGUUACAAAAGAAUGUGCGCGAAAAUUUCCGGGAUACAUUUCGAGGACUUUUCCGACCACUUCAAGCAAUACAGACACAUCUUUCUAGUGUAGGAAUCGAGCCUGGUGAGAUGCCGAUAUCAGAUGUGGAAAUCGCCCCAAGCGAAACUGGUUCAGCAAUUACGGAGGAUGUAGUUAGCAUGGAUUCAUCGCUAGUCGAAGACAGUGGAUCAGUUGAUGAAGAAUUUGGUUUAUCAUGUGAAGAAAAAGUAAUGACUCUCUUGGCCGCUGUUAAAGAAGAAUUUCGAGAACCGAUUGAAAAUUUAUCAAGUGUGAAAAAUUCAGAUAGCGAUAUGCGAUGUGAAAUGAUGCAAAAAUUGUUGUCUUCAAUUUUUGAUAAUGAUGAAUUACUAGAUGAAGAACAGAUUGAGUUGCUAUCGGAAUGUCUUCUGCUCAUUUUUAGGAAGGAUAUCCGAAAUAGAAAACCAUUGUCGGAAGGUUUUCUGGACACACCUGAAGUUCUGGAAGAGAUGUUCAAUCAGCCGCUCUAUGUCAUAUUUCGAAACCUCUGUCUGACACCGGAUAGUGAUGCUACGAGACAGCUGCUGCUAUCUCUAAUUGCUGAAAUGUGCGAAAAGUGCUCAUCUAUAUCAUAUUUGUUAUUAUUUUUCACGUCCUCAAAUCGUCGUGACCAGAAUGAUACGGCAGUUGCUGCCUAUACUGAUCUAUGUCGCCUGUUAGACAAUCCACUGAUCCAGCAAAUUGUCUCAGAUUUACAGCAAUGCCACAUCGAUGAUUAUGUACUGUUCGCACAUCUCAUUCCAUAUGUAUAUGAAAAAUUUGCCACGGAAGCAAUGGGUAGUGUCGAACUGAUGAAAUUACUAGCUCAUUCAUUGGACGGACGGCAGAUUGCUGAUCUUAUUGGUGAAAUGGUCCGGGAAAAUAUCUCUUUCUUUAGGAAAGACUCUUUUUUGCCUAUCGUCAGUGCUUCAUUAACAUGGGAAACAACCGCGCAGUUUAUUUUCUGGCAGCUAGUGCACGCAGAAGGUGUUCCCGUGGAUUGGAUUUUACAAGUGAUUUCCAAACUACAAUAUCCAAAGCAUUCGGAAGCAAUUGCACAAGUUUAUAUCAUGCUUCAAAGGAUGGAUCGCGAACCGAAUAUGGGUCUUAUACGAAAUCUUUUGUCACGUACACCAUCUGAUAUGUUUACUGUAAAUUGUCUGAAACUGCUGAUUAAGGAUCCAGAUUAUGCAGCUCGAGUAGCAGAAUUGCUGUCUAAUCUCAUUGACAAAUUGAUUCAGUCCGGUGAUCUUCUUCCAAUUCAUUCAAAAGGAAAACGCCCGACCCAAAGAUAUGUUUGUCUAGAUCAGCUUUUUUCACAUCUUGACAAAUUUCGACAGAGUUGUUUAUCAAAGGAUAGUCAUAUGGCGGAAGCGUUCUUGGCACGCCCUACUCUACAGGAAGCAUUUACGGCAGCAAGGGCGGCUGAAAAGGUGUCAUCCCUUCGAAUACGCUACAGCGAGCUGUUUGCUGUGAUGGAGAUAUUGAGUGAUGAUAAUGCACAAAGUGCUCGUUCUUUGCGAAGAACCAAAACAUCGAAAAGGAUAACCGAUGUGAGCGACGAGGAAAGCAAAAACUCAAAACGAAAGCGUCAAAAACUGAUAGUUGAUUCUGACAGUGAUUAACCCAAGUGUAUAAAAAAAUGUGAAUACCAACAGCAUUUGAUCUCAUUAUUUCAUAAUAGGGACUAGAGGAAGAGUACGUUAUUGUUUUGGAAGUGGGAAGGGGAUUUCAUCGCCUCACUAUCCUGUUUUCAGCUGUUCGUACGUAAAAUCACCAACCAAAAAAAUUGCAAAUCUUAAUCCAGAUCGGCCUUGAAAUCAACUUCACCAUGUUCUACCUCGUGACUUUACCUCUUUCGUUGAAUCUUAUCUCGAAAGAACAACAGGGAAAAGCUAGUUCAUUUUCUUCCAAAUUUAAAUUCAAA